GGAAUCUUUGUGCCUUGUCACCGAGCGAUUAGAACUUGAAAGGUUUGCGAUGAAGCCAAAGCAAGGAUUGAAGUAUCUGCAAGAGAAAGAUCUCGUCGGAACGACACCCGAGGAUAUCGCAGCGUUUUUCCAUCGUGAAGAGCGGUUGGAUAAGACGGUUGUGGGUGAUUAUAUGGGCGAUGGUGAUGAAUUUCACAAGAAGGUAAUGUAUGCAUAUAUUGAUCAAAUGGAUUUUGCAAAUAAGGAUUUCGUCGCAGCCCUACGUCAGUUCCUAGAUGGAUUCAGACUGCCGGGUGAGGCGCAGAAGAUCGAUCGUCUAAUGGAGAAAUUCGCAUCACGAUACUGUGAAUGCAAUCCGAAUCUGGGAUUGUUCGCCUCUGCGGAUACGGCGUAUGUGUUGGCCUAUUCCAUCAUUAUGUUAACAACCGAUUUGCAUAGUCCUCAAGUUCGAAAUAAGAUGACAAAAGAGCAAUACAUAGCAAUGAAUCGUGGUAUCAACGACCAAAGUGAUCUACCGCAACAGUAUUUGUCGGAUAUUUACGACGAAAUUGCUGGCAAUGAAAUUAAGAUGAAGGCUGGCCAUAACAAACUACCAAAACACAAUGCAUCGGCAACAACUGAACGUCAGCGAAAGUUACUGCAAAACGUUGAGUUGGCGCAGAUGGCGAACACAGCCCGAGCGCUCAUGGAAGCUGCUUCACACUACGAAGCUGCCUUCACAUCUGCGUCGCAUUACGAACAUGUUCGACCAAUGUUCAAGAUUGCAUGGACGCCUUGCUUGGCGGCGUUCAGUAUCGGUUUGCAAACAUCGGAGGAUGGUGAUAUUAUAUCGUGGUGCCUUCAAGGAUUCAGACUUGGCAUUCGUAUUGCAAGCAUUUUCAGACUGGCACUGGAACGCAAUGCUUACAUUCAAGCACUGGCAAGAUUCACGCUGUUGACGGCGAAAAAUUCGAUGGCUGAAAUGAAAUCGAAAAAUAUCGAAUCGAUAAAAUUACUGAUGACCAUUGGUGAUGAAGAUGGCAAUUGUUUGGAUGAGUCGUGGGUUGACGUUCUCAAAUGUAUCUCACAAUUGGAGUUGGCUCAGUUGAUCGGAACGGGUGUAAGGCCGUCGAAUUCAGCCACCGCAAACGAUUCAUCUGCACAGUACGUGUUGAAGAGUGCAUCACACGUCGACGAACGAAUGUUGCACAGUCUACAGGAAUGUCUCGGUGAAACUACCUCACAAAGUGUUGUUGUUGCAGUCGAUAGGUGA